GGGAUAUUCUGUCUCUUAAUGAUGUCAAAAACCACAGCCUUUACGUCGUACAGGCAUUCCCGCGUAAACAUACGCCAACCGGACGGCAGCCGCCAAAAAACCUAACGUACUUGUAACAGCCGAGAAUCCAAUACAAGCUCAUUCGCUACCGAACAACCGCGAGCAGUGGUUGGAAUUGCUCAAGAAAUAUUUCCAGAAAAAUCAAAGAAAGAAAAUGUCCGGAAGAGGAAAGGGUGGCAAAACAAAAGGUAAAGCGAAGACGCGUAGCAGCCGAGCUGGACUUCAAUUUCCUGUAGGAAGGAUCCAUCGUCUUCUAAGGAAAGGAAAUUAUGCUGAACGUGUUGGAGCCGGCGCACCCGUUUAUCUUGCAGCCGUUAUGGAGUAUCUUGCGGCUGAAGUACUUGAGUUAGCUGGAAAUGCCGCAAGGGACAACAAAAAGACGAGAAUUAUUCCUCGUCACUUGCAACUAGCAAUCAGGAAUGACGAAGAGUUGAACAAACUUCUCUCAGGAGUAACAAUUGCUCAGGGUGGUGUUCUGCCAAAUAUCCAGGCUGUAUUGUUGCCUAAAAAAACUGGCACUGGUGGAAGCUCCGGAAAGGGUGACAAGGCUUCACAAGAAUAUUAAAAUCAAUCAAGAUAUGAAUACAUUCAAGAAAACCUAUUAAACCCUGCAUUUAUAACUAAUAAUUAAUAAAGUGUGUUUGUUUUGUUCAUUUUAUAUUUAAUACUUGUGUUUCAUAAAUGAUCAUUAAUAAAAAUGGAAUAAAUCCCAGGAA